CUACUACACCAGAUUUACGGACUCCGGAUAUCUGGGCGAGAGACUGCUUCAGCAGUAGCGGACAGACUCAAUCUCCGAUCAGGAGGAAAGAUCCAUCCAGCUUCCCAUCCACAACCUGAGCCAGGCGCUGUGGCGGAACCGCGGGGGGACACCCGUGAGAGGCAGGCGAAGGGAGAAGAGCAGCCUCACUCUGAACAAGGGCUGAGAUGACACACCUGUGAACGCGCCUAAACUCUUUUGGCAAGGAGCCUCACACUUUUCUCAACUUCAACCUCAGUCAACACUUUCAGCGAAGCUCAGAAAGAGUCCUCAGCGUUAGUCAACACAAUGUAUCGGUCCACCAAAGGAGCGUCGAAAGCUCGAAGAGACCAGAUAAACUCAGAGAUUAGAAACCUGAAGGACUUGUUGCCUAUCUCCGAUGCGGACAAGUCUCGUCUCUCCUAUCUUCAUAUCAUGUCGCUGGCUUGCAUGUACACGAGAAAGUCUGUCUUCUUCAGUCAAGAUACAGCUGCAGAUAGCGGUGCUGAGGAAACUGCAGGAUUCCUCACAUUUCAUGAACUGAAUGAGUUGGUGCAAAUGAUGCCAGGUUUUCUUCUGCUAUUGACUGGAGAAGGGAAGCUACUGUACCUGUCAGACAGCAUCUCAGAGCAACUCGGACACUCAAUGGUAGAUUUGGUCUCUCAAGGGGACAGUGUAUACGACAUAAUAGACAGUGCAGACCACUUUAUUAUGAGGAGUAAUUUGGUGCCUCCAACUUCACCUGACACAGAUCGUCUGUUCCGCUGCAGAUUCAACACCUCCAAAUCAGUGCGUAGGCAGAGUGCAGGCAAUAAGCUUGUUUUAAUCCGUGCCCGCUGCCUGUCACAAACUCCCAGGGAGUCUUCCCCAGGAUCCUACUGGACUUCCAACCCAGUGUGGGUAUGUUUCUGUACUCCUCUGGAGCCUCACACGUCCCGAAGCGGAACUGCCCCGGACAGAGAACCACCUUCAUCUCCUGCACUAGAGAGCAGCUUCUUCCUGCCAUGUUUCCGUUCUCAGCACAGCCGUGACAUGAGACUUCAGGAAGCACAAGAUAGUGUGAAUGUUUAUUUGGGUGUAAAUGUGGAGACUCUGCGGUCCCAAUCUUGGUACAGCUUCCUGCAUCCUCAGGAUCUUUCACAUGCCUCAGCUCAGCACUGCAGUCUAUUGAGAGAGGGAGGAGAGGGCAGGGCUGAAAUGGUAGUUCGUGUAGAGACUGCAGAUCACUCAUGGGUCUGGCUUUACAUGGUCUUGCAGCUGGAAACUGGGGAAACCCCUAUUGUCAGUAACAAUUACAUUAUCAGUGAGACAGAGGCAUGGUCAGUCAGACAGCAGCUGAGCUCUGAACAAACCCAGCUCUCCUUGGUGCUGGGCUCAAGCACUUCCCAACAAGAAAGCCUAAGCUUACAGAGUCCAGAAACACUCUCAAGCCCUGACCAAGUGUUUACACCAGGAAGCAGUGGCCUCUCCGGUCAGUCAUUUGACUUUAGCACAGCUGCAUGCAGUGCAGGAUCUACUGAGGAGCAAGGUGGCAGCUCCUCAAUGGAGCCUGCACAACUGGAGAGUGGCCCACGUUCCAGUCUCUCCUCGUUGGAAGAGGAGAGCUUCUUCCAACAUGAGCCCAGCAUACCUGUGGCCAGUCCUGCCUCUGCAUCAUCUCCAAUUCCAGUCACGGUUGCAACAGUGUCUGACUUGGACUUCCUCACUCAGAAUAUUCUGCUGCCACCAGCAUUCCAGAUAGAUCCUCCUCUACCAGCAUUGCCCCUUCCUCUUCCCCCUGUGCCUGACUCCCAGGCCCAACAGACCAAGGAGUUUGUGUGCACACCCCCAUACACACCUCAACUAGGUGGAAGCAAUUUCCCCUUCGGGGAACCUCAUUUUAGCUUUGAUCCUACUGGGGCUACCUCACCACCUCCUCUUGCUUCAACUGCAACAGUAACAACGACGAUGGCUCCAUCUCUUUCUCCAUCUGAGCCAACGAACCCACAAGGCAGCCCACCUCCUACGACAACACUAUCAACUAUUUUGCCUCUCACAAUAACAUCUCCAACCACAGAGAUCCUCUUCCCAGUGGAGCCUUGCAGUGGGUCGCUCUAUGAGAAACUCCCUCCUACUCCUGACAGUCCAGGAGAUGGUGACUGCACAGUUAUGACUUUACCAGAAGUCCAUGGUCCGCUGUAUGUUGACGUCCCCCAUGGGCCACUACCUUACCCACCAGAAGGUCUUCUCACACCUGAAGCCUCACCUGGAAAACAGCCCAGUUUACCCUUCUUCUCCUCACUACGUGAGAGAGAAAAAGAGAGAACAGAGGUUUCACUUUUAGCCCAACACAUCAGCACACUAGUAGAGGGCUUCUACCUAGAUCCACUCCUGACCAAGCUGGUUCCUUCCACCAUUUCUGAACGCUCCCAGUCUCCAUCUGUUGAUUCUGCGGGACUUGAUUCAAUCCCACUGUUGGGUGAAUUCUACCCACUCAAGUCCUGGAAAGGCUUGGACCUGCCCAUCUUCCCUGAUGAUGACUCUCUGUUUGAGGAGAGUGUCUUGGAGACCCUUCUGCAGGACCUCUCAUCCUCUCCUCCCCUCUCACCGACAACCUCUUCCUCCUUUCACUCCAGUCCUCCCUCCUCCCCCUCCACUCCUGAGUACUGGUGCCCACCCUUGCAUUUUGACGGGGUCUGUGCUCUGAGUACCGGUCACUUCUGUAGCGUCCAAUCGGCGCAAUGUAACAAUGAGGCCGGGCGAGGGGCUAUGAUGUCGUCAGUCAACACAGGCAACAUGGCAGAUAAGAAGGCCGCAGGCGAAGUUGCCAUGGAGACAGAGGCAGCAUCAUCGCCUCUAUUCACGGGCAUACCAACAUCUCCACCACUGCAACUGACUGCCUCCCCCACCUCCCCAGUUUUGUUGCCUGUCUCCUCGCCUGUCAGCCCCGCAUCGCCCGGCCUGCCCUGCACCCAGUCCCUCCUCGAGGAGCUGGCCGCCCUGGAACCCAUGUUUGGGGCAGAUGCCUCGAUCGCCCCCGGCCUGGGGCAACAACCUGAGUUGUAUCAACUCCAAAGUCAUGCGCCGCAACAGUGCUUCCACAAAGAUGGGAGUGGAAGUGAUCCUCCGUUCUAAAAUAAGUCUGUGACUUACUUCAUUAAGUAUGGCAUAUUGUCAUAUUUCAUGGAGCUACUUUUGCUGAAAAGUGAAUAUUAAUUAACUGUAUAAAUAUAUACAUUAUGUAUAUAAUGCCAAAAAAGACUUGAACUUUCCUCAAAUCCACUGAGAGUAAAUCGUUACGUUCAUAAUUGUUCAUCUAAUUAUCCAUUUAUUUAUGUUAAUAAUAGUGCAACCCUUUGGUAGCAA